GGAGCGGGCGGUGACACCGACGCCGGCACCAUGAAGUCGCGCUUCAGCACCGUCGAUAUCCGCGCGCUGGUGGCCGAGCUGCGCCUGAGCUUACUGGGAAUGAGAGUAAACAAUGUUUAUGAUGUGGACAGUAAGACGUACCUCAUUCGCCUCCAAAAACCAGACUGCAAGGCCACACUGCUGCUCGAAUCUGGUAUACGGAUUCACACAACGGAGUUCGAGUGGCCAAAAAACAUGAUGCCAUCUGGCUUUGCAAUGAAGUGCCGUAAGCACCUGAAGACCAGAAGACUGGUCAGUGUGAGACAGCUGGGAAUAGACAGAAUUGUGGACUUCCAGUUUGGAAGCAACGAAGCUGCUUAUCACCUGAUCAUCGAGCUGUACGACAGGGGUAACAUUGUCCUGACAGACCACGAAUAUCUCAUUUUAAACAUUCUGAGGUUUCGCACGGAUGAAGCAGAUGAUGUCAGAUUUGCAGUUCGGGAACGAUACCCAGUUGACAGUGCAAAAGCACCCACACCGCUGCCCACCUUGGAAAGGUUAACUGAGAUAAUAUCAAAUGCACCCAAAGGGGAACAGCUGAAGAGGGUGCUUAACCCACAUCUUCCUUACGGAGCCACUCUCAUUGAGCAUUGCCUUAUAGAAGCUGGAUUUUCUGGUUACGUCAAAAUAGAUCAACACAUGGAAAGUAAAGAAAAUAUCGAGAAAGUACUUAGUGCUUUAGAAAAAGCAGAAGGAUAUAUGACACUCACUGAGGACUUCAGUGGAAAGGGUUAUAUUAUCCAGAAGAAGGAGAAAAAGCCAAGCCUGGAACCAGAUAAACCAGCAGAAGAUAUCUACACAUAUGAGGAAUUUCAUCCUUUCUUGUUUUCUCAACAUUCAAAAUGUCCCUACUUGGAAUUUGACUCAUUCAAUAAGGCAGCAGAUGAGUUCUACUCCAAGCUUGAAGGACAGAAAAUCGACCUGAAAGCAUUGCAGCAGGAAAAACAAGCAUUGAAGAAACUUGAAAAUGUCCGUAGAGAUCAUGAGCAAAGACUGGAAGCUCUUCAGCAAGCUCAAGAAGUCGAUAAGAUAAAAGGAGAACUGAUAGAAAUGAACUUGGAGAUCGUCAGCCGAGCCAUCCAGGUGGUGCGUAGCGCGUUGGCCAACCAGAUCGACUGGACAGAGAUUGGAGCAAUUGUUAAGGAGGCUCAGGCACAGGGAGACCCCGUUGCAAAUGCAAUCAAAGAAUUAAAGCUUCAGACAAAUCAUAUCACAAUGCUACUGAGGAAUCCAUAUGUAUUAUCUGAGGAGGAAGAAGAGGGGGAGGAUGCUGAUUUAGAGAAAGAAGAAACAGAAGAGCCCAAGGGCAAAAAGAAAAAAAAUAAAAGCAAACAGUUGAAGAAACCUCAGAAAAACAAACCGUCAUUGGUUGAUGUUGAUCUCAGUUUGUCUGCGUACGCCAAUGCCAAAAAGUACUAUGAUCACAAGAGACAUGCAGCUAAGAAAACACAGAAGACAGUAGAAGCUGCAGAAAAGGCAUUUAAAUCAGCCGAGAAGAAGACGAAGCAGACACUGAAGGAAGUUCAGACAGUUACCACCAUUCAGAAAGCAAGAAAGGUCUAUUGGUUUGAGAAGUUCCUGUGGUUCAUUAGCUCUGAGAAUUACCUUGUUAUUGCUGGAAGAGAUCAGCAGCAGAAUGAGCUGAUUGUGAAGCGGUAUCUUAAACCAGGGGACAUAUAUGUGCAUGCUGACCUCCAUGGAGCCACAAGCUGUGUGAUCAAGAAUCCAACAGGUGAACCGAUUCCUCCACGGACCCUGACAGAGGCAGGCACGAUGGCCUUGUGCUACAGUGCUGCCUGGGAUGCCCGUGUUGUCACCAGUGCUUGGUGGGUCUCCCACAACCAGGUUUCUAAAACUGCACCUACAGGAGAGUAUCUCACUACUGGAAGCUUCAUGAUCCGAGGGAAGAAGAAUUUUCUUCCACCUUCAUAUCUGAUGAUGGGCUUUAGCUUCUUGUUUAAGGUGGAUGAAAGCUGUGUUUGGAGACACCGAGAAGAAAGGAAGAUCAAAGUACAGGACGAGGAUCUGGAAACGGUUUCCAGCAGUGCCAGCGAGCUGGUGGCAGAAGAAGUGGAGCUAUUAGAAGGAGGAGACAGCAGCAGCGAAGAGGACAAGGCAGAGUGUCAUGAAGCACCAGAAGAUGUGGAAGCCACACCUGAAAAUAAUGGCGACGAGAACGUUGCUGACCUUGACCAGGACAGAGUAAGCACACCUCCUGUGCCAGAGGGUGUCUCUGAUGAGGAUGAUGGAGAAUCUGAAGUGGAGCAACCAGAGCCAAAGAGUGAAGUGAAAGAGGAAGAGGUGAAUUACCCAGAUACAACAAUCGACCUGUCACAUCUUCAGUCUCAAAGAUCUCUGCAGAAAACCAUCCCCAAAGAGGAGGAACCCAACUUGAGUGACAGCAAGUCCCAGGGGCGAAGGCAUCUGUCUGCCAAGGAGAGGAGAGAAAUGAAGAAAAAGAAGCAGCAAAGUGACUCUGAGAACUUGGAUCCACCCGAGGAGAGGCAGAAGGACACGGAGACGCAGCGUCCCCCCCCUCCCAACACCAAUAAGGGCGUGCCAGCCCCUCAGCCCAUCAAACGGGGACAGAAGAGUAAAAUGAAGAAGAUGAAGGAGAAGUACAAGGACCAGGAUGAGGAGGACCGGGAGCUCAUCAUGAAGCUGCUGGGGUCUGCAGGGUCAAACAAAGAGGAGAAAGGGAAAAAAGGGAAAAAGGGGAAGACGAAAGAAGAGCAGGCAAAGAAACAACAGCAGAAAUCCAAGGCUGUGCAUCGCAGUGCUGGAGGGGGCAAGGAGAUGAUGCCAGGAGUCGUUGUUCUGCAUGAGUCAGAGGACCUGGCCCCGGAGGAGCAGCAGGAUGAGAAGGAUGAGCAAGACCAGGAUCAGCCGGGAGUGGAGGAUGGCACAGCCCUGCUGGACUCCCUGACAGGCCAGCCACACGCUGAGGACAUCCUGCUCUUUGCUGUGCCCAUCUGUGCUCCCUACACAGCCAUGACGAACUACAAGUACAAAGUCAAGCUCACUCCAGGCACCCAAAAGAAAGGAAAAGCUGCAAAGAUUGCCUUGCAUAACUUCAUGCAAUCCAAAGAAGCUACUGCAAGAGAAAAAGACCUGUUCCGCAGCGUUAAGGAUACCGACUUAUCGAGAAAUAUUCCUGGUAAAGUGAAAGUGUCUGCACCGAAUCUGCUGAACAGGAAGAAGAAGUGAAUGGGUAUUUGAGUUCCACCACCCACCUGCAGCUGUGCAGUCGCAAUGGGAGCCUGGAGGUGGGGCAGACAGCCCUGCCCUCACUGCUGCCCUGCGGCUGAAUUCAGCUUCCCUGGUAGCGAGCAGAUGUGGACCAGUUCCUCCAUCGCAGUUUAGAUGGACUCUGACAACUCCAUUGCUAUAAAUAGCAUCAAAACAUGGAAGUAAAUUGCUGGCCUCUGGUCAGUGGCGUGCUGUCAA